AUGAGCGUACUACUCCCCAAUAUGGCGGACUUCGACACUAUCUAUGAGCUGGAGGAGGAGGAGGAGGAGGAGGAGGAGGAGUCCGAGCCUGUGGUGCGGAGCCAGGAGCUGCCCCGGCCCCGCGAUGCGCCGGAUCCCGUAGCGGUACGGGGCGCCGGGCACAUCACCGUGUUUGGCUUGAGCAACAAGUUUGAUACAGAAUUUCCUUCUGUUCUGACAGGGAAGGUUGCCCCAGAAGAAUUCAAGACCAGCAUCAGUCGUGUGAAUGCCUGUUUAAGAAAGAAUCUCCCUGUCAAUGUAAAAUGGCUGCUUUGUGGCUGUCUGUGCUGCUGCUGCACACUGGGCUGUAGCCUGUGGCCUGUAGUCUGUCUUAACAAAAGAACUAGAAGAUCAAUUCAGAAGUUAUUAGAAUGGGAAAAUAACAGACUAUAUCAUAAGCUUGGUUUGCACUGGAAGCUGAGUAAAAGGAAAUGCGAAACUAGCAAUAUGAUGGAAUAUGUAAUAUUAAUAGAGUUCUUACCAAAAUAUCCCAUAUUUCGACCUGACUGAGGAACAGCAUUUGGUCUUUCAUGUUACCUGUCAUUUUCUACCCUUAGUGCCUUGUAGAUGAUUUUGGAAAGAAGAUGGUCUACUUUGCUGUGACUUAAAAAUGUUCUUCAGUAGAAUAUCUUCCUUGCUAUGUUACUUUCUUUUGUUAAGAGGAGAACAAUUUGCACAUCUUUUUGUUAAAAGAGGCUUCUAUGUUGCACUCUGAAUUUUUAACAUUAACAAUAACAGAUAUAGUUGCCACUAGGGAUCUAACAUCAGUGCUGCUUAAACUUGUUCUGAGCAUGCUGCCUUAUUAAUUUCUAUAUUUGCUGUCCUCAAACAUGCAUCCUAAUGCCGUGUCAUAGUUGCAAUCCUAUAAACCCUCAGUAGAAAUGUCCAGGUAAGCGUCUAGUAGUAAUGAUUUUAGUAUAACUUGCUUGCAUAGGACUUGCAAUCAACAGCACUGGUUUUGUCCUGCACUUUGCAAAAUCAUCAUUUACAUUAGGGGGUUAAUUAUUUUACCCACUAUGGAUUUGUAAAUAUUUACUCUUUGCAUAAUGUAAAGUGUGGUAUGCCAAGGUUUACAGAAUGUAUUAUAGCUCUUAUUCUAUUGCCAACAGUCCGACAUUGUUUUAUUCAUUACAUUUGCUAGUAUCCCUCCAAUUUGUAUAGACCCAUUCACAUGCUGUUUUUAUGGUAAAGCCAUAAUGAGUUUGUACAUACUAUCAGAUGUGUAGGGCUCAGUUGCACUUUGUUUAGUAAAUGGAUGAAAAAUGCAUAGCAUU